AUGAGUGACUGUAGUGAUCCUCUCUCUUAUGAUUAUCAGAUUAAAUACACGCUUGAAGGGAAUGAAAAAAUACUAACUCUCCAUGAACGAACAAAAAAUUUUGAAAGGGAAUUAAUAACUAUUAUUUUUAAAAAAUCCAAAUAAGAAAGCAAAAAUUUUUAAAUUUAUGUUUUAAAAGAAAGCUGUUCAAAAUUAAACAGAAUUAGCUAGAGAUUUCAUUAUAUAAUAAUUAUCAUUUAUAUAUAUAAAUUUUUUUUUCAUAAAAAUUUUUUGUUUGCUCACAGAGGAUCAAAAAUAAGGGGGAUUUUUUCAAUGGUUUUUGCUCACUCAAGGAGGGGUUAAGAGCUUCUCUUAAAUCUGAAGACUUUUCUUGUGAAAUUAAUUCAGAAGCCCAUUGAAUUUCAAUUAGCAAGCUGCCAGAAAAUACUUCUCUAUCAACAUGUUUAAAUAUCGGCACUCAGCACAUCCAUGCAAUUUUAUUAUCAGGAAGUUCAUUGAUGCCUUCUCGCAGAAAGCUUUACUUGAAGGUAAGAAAAGGAAGCGAUUUUAGACUUCCUUACAAGAUGAUCAAGGAACUUAAUAUAAAAAACAAAGAUGUGUGCGUGAGAGAAGAGAGCCUCAACUUCGAGACAGCUCAAGAAGUUUAUAUCGAGCGAUGCUCGUCAAACUUAACGACUGAAGAAAUCAUUGAAUUCCCUGAUAUAAUUGAAGCAAAUAUGGAUAUCCCUAUCUUAAUUGAAAGAUCCACCCAUUGUUUGUACGGAGGGCUUUUUACUAAAACCCAAACAUGGAAAAUUGCAUCUGUCAACAAAUCGACUGAAAAUAAACCUUAUUUGUUCGAUAAGCAUAGGACGAAAAUUUCAUUUGCUAAUUCCAAGAAAAGAGUUGGAAUAUCAUGCAUACAUUAAGUUAUUAUAGAGAAGCCCUCGGCCAGCCGAUUAAUGGCUUUUCACAUCCCUUGCUACGCACCGCUCCCUUGCUUGACAGUCUGAUUACACAGCCUAAGGUGUUUUUCCCUCCGAGCAAGGGCUUGCACUUGCUACUCGGAGGUAAAGUCGCUGGGCCACCGUUCCUUACGUCGAUGAGGUUGCCUAUUCCGAAAAUUCAAAAAGUGAAUUUUCUGGUCAGGUUAUCGGCCCAGAUGAAAUUUGUAGCCCAGGAUGCAACUCCCGGUAUCAUGCUGGGAAAAUACCCGAUUGGCCAAGCGAAUGCCCUUGGCCUUGCUGGACGAUCCUUUUCCAAUUUUCAAGUUCCAUCCUCCUUGGGGGUAAAACUUGAGCCUGCGGUCGGUCAGCCCGACAUUGCGCUCCACCAAACCAAGUAAAACUGGCUUGAUGCACAAACCGAACGCUGCUCUCCCUUCCACAAGGUCCCCAGAUUCCCGUCUGGCUACAGAUGUUAACAGGGCAGGUUGAUUCGCCACGCCAUUUUUUAUGUAUAUGAGCUGAAAUAUAUCAAAUGCUUAUAAAUGCUUCACAAAAAACUCAGCAAUUUUCUCCAAAUGCGAAUCGCUGAAAAACCCUGUGAGAUUUAUUGAAAAUUUCUGCAAAAACUAUGAAAAUGUGCCAAUAGGGAUUCGAAUUAUAGGAACAAGAGGGUGUGGAAAAAGAGCUAUAGUUUCAAAAGCAGCUAAAAAGCUUGGUUUCAAUUUAUUAGAAGUUUCACUUUUUGACAUAGCUAGUCUUCCUGGGAUUUCGCAAACUUUUGAAGACGCAAAAGCUUUGACUCCAUGCAUUUUGCACAUCCGCCAGUUUUCUGAUGCCUUGAACCUCAUGACUUAUGGACAAAAAGAAAUUUCAAACAAAAUUGCUGACCUAUUUGAUAGCUUUUCUAGAGAAAUAACAGAUUUUCCAUUGAUUAUCAUUAUAUCUUCAAGUAAUAUUCAAACUUUUCCUGGAUUUCUUAAUUCUUAUGCAGCUCUAGAAAUCCAUCCUCCAAACGAGCAAGAUCGCAUUGAAAUUCUGGCUUCAUUGGCAAGCCAUUUUAACCUUGACCUCGAUAUCACAUAUAUUGCAAAGUAAAACCUAAAUAGACAAACAUCUGGAAAAACGAUUGAAGAAAUCAUCAUGAUUAUAACAGAUAUUGCUGCAAGAAAUUUACCUUUUGAUCAGGUCCUUUCAUCGUUAAAAAUCACAAGCUCUUCUAUCCCAAAUGUUAAAUGAGAAGAUAUAGGUGGCCUUGCCCAUGCUAAAAAAGAUAUCAUUGAUACAAUUCAAUUGCCCUUGAUUCAUCCAGAACUUUUUGCCUCAGGAAUUAAAGCAAGAUCAGGACUUCUGCUGUAUGGGCCCCCUGGGACUGGAAAAACACUCCUUGCCAAAGCUGUAGCGACUGAAUGCUCUUUGAACUUUAUGGCAGUCAAAGGGCCAGAACUGCUCAAUAUGUAUGUUGGAGAGUCAGAAAGAAACAUCAGGGAACUCUUUCAGCAAGCGAGAAAUGCGCAGCCUUGUGUUUUGUUUUUUGAUGAAUUAGACUCGUUGGCUCCGAAAAGAGGAUCUGGAGGGGACUCUGGAGGAGUCAUGGAUAGAAUUGUAUCAUCCUUGCUGACAGAAAUAGACGGCUUACAGAAGUCAAAUUCUUUAUUUGUUAUUGCUGCUACAAAUAGACCUGAUUUAUUGGAUGAUGCACUGCUAAGAGGAGGAAGAUUGGAUAAGUUGAUAUAUUUAGGAGUUUGCGAAGACAAAGAAUCCCAAAUUAAGAUUUUAGAAGCCAUCACAAGGAAGUUUGACUUGCAGGACUGCUCUUUGGAAGCUGUAGCUGAGAGAUGCUCAUUUACGUUUACUGGCGCAGACUUCUAUGCUCUUUGCAGCUCAGCUUUAAGCAAAGCCUAUCGAGAAAAAGCAGCCGAGCUUGAAAGAGAGCUUGAAGACUGGAACGAGCAGCAUUACUACGAAGAGCCGAUGGAUCUCAAUAGUUUCCUACUAAUGAAAAAGGAUGAUCUUAAGGUUACAGUGCGUUUUCGUCACUUUGAAGAGGUUCUGGAUGGAUUUACCCCUUCACUUACAGCGGAAGAAAUCGGACGAUAUAAAAGCAUUCAAACAAACUUGACUAAAAAAUAA